GUUCGUUGAGCGGUCACUGUCAUGGCUGCCUUCACGUAGCAACACAAUGCGUAAAUUUAUGAACAUAGCAAGCAUAAAAUAGCCUGUGAAGUAUGUUAUUGAGACACAUACCAUGUUUCUUUAUAACGGAUAACAGUUGAUCAUAUUAAAUCUAUUGAUGCGGAAUUUAAAAGAAAGCCCGAUUAAAAACGAACUGAGGUCAGCUAGCUAUCUCACUACCUAGCAGUAGUAGGCAAGCUGCAAGGCGGCUGAAGGACAAGAUGUCCGUUGCCUGUGUUCGGUUGUUCAGAAGGCCCAGCGUCGUGCUGGGGAUCCGUAGGUACACGACCCCCAGCCAGAACCCAAGAACUACAGUUCCCAAGGAGCACGGCGGGCCAGUGUUCCAGUACGCAGGCAAGCACAGAAGGCCCAAGGAUAAGGUGUUUGUGUGGGGCUUCAGCUACACGGGAGCCUUGGGGAUUCCCAGCUUUGUGGUUCCUGACAGUGGAAAGAAAAACCCCAGGAAGUACCAGCUCACACCCUACCGGCUGGAGACUGAGCAGAAGAUCUCCUCGGCGGCCUGUGGCUAUGGGUUCACCCUGCUGUCCUCGACCACGCAGGACCUGACCAAAGUGUGGGGGAUGGGCCUGAACAAGGACUCCCAGCUGGGGUUCCAGCGCUCGCAGCGCGACCGCCAAAAGAGUUAUGACUACGUGCUGGAGCCGUCCCCAGUGUCCCUGCCCUUGGAUAGGCCGCAGGAGACUCGGGUGGUCCAGGUGGCCUGUGGGCGUGCCCAUUCCCUGCUGCUCACUGACUCAGAGGGAGUGUUCAGUCUGGGGAACAAUGCUUAUGGACAGUGUGGGAGGAAAAUUGUGGAGGAUGAAACAUACAGCGGCAGCCACGUCGUUCACAAGAUCGAGGGCUUCGACAGCCGAGUCGUUCAGGUGGCGUGCGGGCAAGAUCACAGUCUGUUCCUGACCGAGACGGGCAAGGUGUACGCCUGUGGGUGGGGGGCGGACGGUCAAACAGGGCUGGGUCACCAUGACAUCAGCCCUCACCCGCUGCCCGUGGCGGGGGACCUGGGCGGAGUCAGGGUGUGUCAGGUGACCUCGUACGGAGACUGCAGCCUGGCCGUGUCGCAGGACGGCCACGUUUUCGGCUGGGGGAACUCCGAGUACUUCCAGCUGUCUGCUGUGACUGAAGCCACACAGAUCAGCUCUCCGCGCCUCCUCCCCCUGGAGGGCGUGGGGAGGGUGCAGCAGGCGGCCUGUGGGGGGACACAGGUGGCCGUUUUGAAUGACAAAGGGGAAGUGUUCGUCUGGGGCUACGGCAUCCUGGGAAAAGGGCCUGACCUAUCGGAGUCCAGGACGCCCGAAAUGAUUCCGCCCACGCUUUUCGGGAAGUCGGAGUUUAACCCCGCGGUGACCGUCACUCGGAUCCACUGCGGCCUCACGCACUUCGCGGCUAUCACAGACCGCGGGGAGCUCUUCGUCUGGGGGAAGAACCUGCGCGGCUGCCUGGGCAUCGGGAAGCGGCAGGACCAGCACUUCCCCUGGCGGGUGACCGUGCCGGGCCAGGUGGUGGACGUGGCCUGUGGGGUGGAUCACAUGGUGGCGCUGGUCCGGUCGCUGAUGUGAGCUGGUCGGCACGGAGCGGCUCCUGCCCCUCCCGCUUUCCCGCGUCGACCGGUGGGGGAAGCCCCGACGCCCAUCCCGGCGCCCGCUGAAGGGCGUCAGCCUCGGGAGGAAGUGCACAACUUUUCAGUCCUCUGAGCCCGCCCAAAUCCCAGAGUUCUACACCUUCUGGAUGGACGCCUGGGUUUCUGGUCUAACCUUCAGCGGAAUAAAUGUACUGGAGUUAAAGACCAUCUGAGGUUGGAAUUUGAAAGGGUUUAAUCCCGAUAUUUAGGUCCAGAUUUGGAAUCCCAAAAAAUGUACCGUUCUGUUGGUUCCCUGCUUUUGCCACCUGCACUGGGAGCACAGCAGCAAUUGCACACUGCUAGCCUGACAGCGCUGUGUGGGAGAGCUAGCACUUAUCAAAUAAAGACCGACUGCAGCCGUUGACCUGUAAGUACCUGGGGAGCAGCUAGGGUGCAUUUAUGUGGAGGGAACCCAAAGACUGGCUUAACUUGGCCCACCCUACCCUGCAGGGUUGAGCCUAUCGUGUCUUACUGCUGUGAACUUGCAGGCAGAGACUCAGGCUCACACUAGUGAUGACAUCAAGGCUAUAACCGAUAUCUCCGCACCAUUCUUCUGAUGUAAAUGUGCACAAUGUGGAUCCACGUUUUGAAGCCAAUAUUGCCUCCGAUCCUUCUGCUCUCGCCUUGCAUUCUGAACUCUACCUUCUGACCACUUCCGUAAGUGUGUAAAAAAAAUUUGAAGUAUGAUCAUCACGGAACCAGCUUGGUCGCAGUUUGAGUCAGUUUGUAUUCAGUAUUAACACCCUGGAAAACCACAGCAGGCCUUGUGAGUAGAGUCGUUUGUGUGUGCUUGUGCAGACAGUUCGACUCACCGUACACACUCGACUACACCCAACUCCUCGCUACCUGAAGUGAGCCAACCUUGUUAUUUCUUUGAAAAUAAAAUUGGAUCGCAAAGUGA